GCAAGACUCAAGACAACAGUUUCUUGGUGCAAAGUGCAUGCGCAGUCGGCUGGUCCGAAAGCGAACUUCGACUGGCAAGCGGCCAACGCUUCCCGCCGCCGAUCAAUACCGGCUCAGGGUCGUCGGCCACAACGGUUGGCGCUCUUCAGUGUGGCGGUGUGACUUCGUGUGGACGUUGACAGCCUGUUCUCCUUCUUCUUCCGGAAACGGGUGUGAUCCGGAACGAGCGCACAAGCCGAGCCCGAGACCACUCUCAUACGCGAUUCAAAUCACGCACGUGUUUUUCAACCAAUUACCUCUCUCACGCACUCAUCAAUUUCGUAUCUCGAAAUUAUGGUCCGCGUAUGCAGAGUGGUGCCAAAAGAAUGGACGAGAUACUCUCCUCUUGGAAAUGUGAUACCGCGAACGCGGUUUAUCGUUUUCAAAACACCGUUGAACGAUCGUCUGCUUACAAAAGUAGAUCGAUCCCAGCGCUUCACUGUUCAGAAUCUUAUGUGGAUGUUAGCUGAACGUGGCCAGCGUCUGGGACUUGUUGUGGACUUGACAGAUACUGAUAGAUAUUAUGAUAAGGAUGAGAUCGAAGGGCUGUGCAUACAAUAUCAAAAAAUCAAUUGCCCAGGACGAGGUUUUGUUGAUAGAACGGAGUGUGUGUCUGAAUUUAAUAAAGCCAUACAGGACUAUAUUGAUAAAACUGAUGAUGAAGAAGCUUUAAUUGGUGUACAUUGCACUAAUGGUGUUAAUCGAAGCGGCUAUCUUAUUUGUCGUUUUCUUAUUGAAAGACUUGGUUGGUCUUCUCAUGAAGCUUUAGAUGCGUUUGAGCGAGCAAGAGGCUACCCAAUUGAGAAAGGGUCAUACGUACAAGCCCUACACAAAGCUGCCAUUGAUAGUAGGAAUAGAAGGGAAGCAUCGGAUAGCGAUUCUGAAGAGCAUCGCCGUAAGUCCAAAAAAUCUAAGAAGAAGCGAGAAAAAGACGAGGCGAGCUUCUCGGAUAGCGCUAGUCAAAUGGGCAACAUAAUGCAACAGUUCUUCGCUCAGUUGCAAGGUGCUCAUCAGGCAGCAGAGUCUGGCAACGGAUCUGGCUACGAUGGGUCACCAGCUCAAAGCGGUAGCUACGCCUCACCAGGUCAACAGCAUUGGGCUUAUCAAACGAAGCAACAGCCGCAAUCUAAAAAUACACCAAACACGGAGAGUCCCGUACAGGAUGAGGAAAUGGAAGAGGGAGAGGACAUGGAAGGUAUGGAUGAAGGCGAAAUUGGACCAGAUCAACCACAAAUAAAGUCGACUGCGCAAAAGCGACGUGAUCGACGUUUGCGUAUGAAGAAUAUGCUGUCAGUUAUGAAACGUGGUCGUUUCCAUGAGAUUCAAGAAAUGCAGCGUGAAUUUGUUGCAAGAAGCGGUGGAGCACAAUAAAGAGAAUAUAAAGGCAUCUCAUUUUCAUGUUCGGAAUGUAUGUGGUUUUGAGAUUUUCCUGAUAAAUCACACUUUACAUCAUUGACUGCUAUCGCCACAGAUUAAAAUCCCUUGUUUGUAUGUUGCGGGUUAAUCCUUUUCUAGCUGUCUAACCUCAUAUCCGUUAUUCUUAUGUUCUUCACUUUGUCGUUAUACUUAUCUGUCAUCGUUCUUUUCAAAAUGUUUUCUUUGUAACCUUGCUAUCGAGGUUGAUUGAAUGUUGGCCUUGCUGACACUGUUUUCUUUCUUUAUGUUGUC